AUGGGAUGUUUAUUGAGUGUAUUUACUCGCUAAUAGCUUGAUAAAAGAAGAAUUGCAUUGCUUUAAAAGUUGUUCUUAUUAUUAUAAUAAAAGCGCUGAUGAAGUUGAAGAUAUUAGAGAGAAAAUUACUAGUUAUAGUAUAUAAAAUUAGUACAUUAAUUAAGAAAGAGUUAUAGAUGAAAAACCUCAUAAAGAUUUUACAAAAGUAAUGAAUAAUAUAGAAAUUAAAGAUAAAAUGUUUGACUAAAAAUGAUGAAUCUAAGAUAUUUUUAUCAUAAAAUAAAUCUGAUUAGGAAUACUAUAUUUUGAAAUCCAUCAAUAAAUAAUAUCUCGAGUACUCAGGAAUGCAACAAUAAAUCCAAAAUGAAAUAAAAGUUGGUAAGGAAUGCAAAGGAAAAUUUAUCUAAAAAUUCCAUCAACAUUUUAUCACCAAUAAAAAGUGUUAUAUAAUUUUAGAAAAUGUACAAGGAGGUAAUUUAAAAUCUCUGAUGAAGAGAAAAUAAAUGAGCGUUGCUGAAAUUAGAUUUUACAUAGCAGAAAUAUUGAUGGCACUUUAGCAUCUUCAUAAAAAUAAUGUCAUAUAUAGAAAUUUGACUCCCGAGAAUGUUUUGAUCGAUAAUCAAGGUCAUAUUAAACUAUCUGAUUUUUCCUUAUGCCAUUUCGGUACUGAAUGUAAUUUACUCACUGGGAAUAUUUAUUACCAAGCACCAGAAGUUAGUAAACUAUAAUAUCAAAAUUACUUAUCUGAUUAUUGGAGUUUAGGAGCGAUUAUGUAUGAAAUGUUUUUUGGUUACCCUCCUUUUUUCCAUCCUAACAUAAAUAAGUAUAAGAAGAACAAGAGAGAAUAAAUUAUCACUAUUCCAAACUCAAUUUCAGAGUCAGCCCAAUUAUUACUUAAGCAAUUAUUAAACAAUGAUGUAUUUCAUACUUAUUAUUACAGAUUUAACAAAGAAUAAUCAAUGACUCAACUUAAAAAGUAUAAUAUCAUCCAUUUUUCGAUGGAUUGGAUUGGUAGUUAAUCAAAAAAAGAUUAGAGUAAAGUCCAUUCAUUCCUGAUCUAAGGACAAAAUCAGAUAUUCAUUAUUAUUUGGAAGAAUAAUAAAUAAAUGAGAAUAACAUGUAACAAUAAAUUAACUGAAAUAAA